CCGCCAACCCCCUCUAGAAAUUGUCGAUUGUUCCGCAUGGUGUGUCGGCCAGCUUCUGUUGCCCUUACAUUCGAUCGUUCAGCCUCCGGUCCUGCACUGCAUCAUGCAUGAUGGUGUUUUUGAAAGUUGGCAUUCAGGAACUCCUCAGAGGCGGUCAGUUGUGAGGUUAGCAACCCCAUGCCUUCGAUGUGCACGGGCAGGUUCUUCUAUACCUACUUGCUCUAGGUAGCACUUUCUGAAAAUGAUCUGAAGUUUUCAAAUCCUUUAAAGAUAUCAGAGGCGUGUGCGGGAGGGAAAGCAGCUUCUUAUAACACGUGAGCUGGAGGACAUUGAAAUCUACACCGAUGCCCCGCUUCAGUACCUUGCCAGCUUCGGGAUGCCGGCCGAUCCGUCUCAUCACUGCAGAUGAGCUGGGGUAUGUGAAGGUGGUAGAGUCCAGGGGCCAGAAUGCUGGGCCGCCGGAGGUGGUUGCGCGGUGGGGAGAUGGGGGGAGAGGGAAAGGCGUCGAGAGAAUGCAGGUCACCAGCUCUGGCCCCUUUGGUGGCCUCGUCACAGUCGCCCGGUCCGACCAAACCGUCGAACUUCUCGACAUUGCCAGCGGCCAGCCCCACGCCUCUUUUAUCGCAACGCCCCUGCAAACCAACGGCAACAAACCCAGUGCCAACACCCUUAACCCUGCAACUAGUCAGGACGCAGUUAGGGGCAUACAUCUCUUCCAACAACCAACAGAGGAAGCGGUCCAAGUUUUGACGUGCUCCAGGGGUGGAGCAGUCAGUCAAUGGAAAGUGCCACCCAGAGAAGAUGGGGGAGCCGGGGGGGCGGCAAGCACCGUGGCAGAAUGGGGAGUGGGUUCGGGGGUGGAGAGCUUAGCUGUGGAUCACAAGGAACAGUCUCUUGUUGUCGGAGGGAAAGGGCUGGACGCAACACUAUGGAGCCUCGAGACGAGGGCAAAGUUGUGGCAGGCAAAGAAUACUCGCCCCGACGCACUGGGGUUGCAGACACCGGUCUGGGUGACGCAGCUGCUGUUUCUGGGGGGAGAUGGGAAUAGGGUGCUGGCAGCAACAGGGCACCACCAGCUGAGGCUGUAUGACGUCAAGGCGCAGCGGCGGCCGGUCAUGGUGAUGGAGUAUGGAGAGCUUCCGAUCUGGUCGGUUGCUGAGGACCCCUCAGGGCACGUGGUUUAUGCCGGGAACAGCACUGGUGAUAUUGUCAGCUUUGAUCUCAGGACGGGCACCAAGUCGGGCGGGUUCCCGGGAAGCGUCAGCGGCAGCGUGCGCUCGCUCGCGGUGCACCCGACGGAGCCCCUACUGGCCUCGGUGGGCCUCGACCGCUUCCUGCGGAUCCAUAACACGCAGACGCGGCAGCUGCAGGCCAAGCUGUUCCUCAAGCAGCAGAUGGUCGCGUGCGCGUUCGACACCGAUCCCGCCAGACAGCCCGAAGAAGCGGAGCCGCCCGUCGAAGAUGAAGCAGCUUCGGACGAUGACGACCGUCCGAUGAGACACGUGGCAGCCAGCGACUCCGGGAGGGAUGACGAUGGCGAUUUGGAGGAAGAGGAGGGAGCCUCGGGUAGAAAAAGAAAAAGCGAUAAGGUAGGACGGAAAUCGGAGAAGAGAGCCAGAAGUACGAAGAAGCACGAGGAGGAAGAAAUGGACUCUGACGAGGAGGCUUGGGAUGACUCCGACUCGGACGAAGAGGAGGGUUUUGGGGAGCGGAAAGGCGGGCGGAAAACAGAAGGGCGGAAAACGGGGGAGUCGAAUCAAAAACGAAAAAAGAGCCGUCGAAACGAUGACGAGGAUAGCAAAGGGGAGGGUUUCGACGGCGAGCAGUUCGGAACCUACUCGGAUGAGGAAUCUGAAGAGGAAGGGCUGCCUAAGAAGAAACGGAAAAGCAGAAGUACAGGACAAUCAGAUAGCGGUAGAAAAGGUGGUCGACCGCGAGGGAAGGGUGUCGGUGUUUCGGACAAGAGGAGGAUAUCCAUUGGUAAGAAGAAAAGUCACAAGAAGAGGACGUGAGAUGCAUCCGAAGUCGGCGGGUGACGUCCGAAAUCGGUCGAUAAGCGAGUGUGAAAUCACCUCUGUUUCGUAGCCUGAAAUUGAUUUAGGCACGAGCUCGGAGUAUGCAUGGCAUGGGCCACCUGCACUGAAAACAAGACGGUGUGAGGCGCUCCUCCGAAUGAUUCUGCGAAGGGGCGGCCAGACAAUCCAAAAGAACUGCACAGUACGGUGUGAUGAUGCAAUCAGUUUUCAGGCGAUUUGCAGCGUGCCGACGGUAUGGUGGUGUCAGCGAGCAAACAUGUUAC